AUGGCACACGUUAAACAGCAGAUUGAUAAUAAACGUAGAUCUAUUCGCGAUUUACAACUAAAAGAAGCCCGGUUUAAACAACUUGCUCAGCACUAUCAAGUAUCUAAACCACAAACAGACUCAAAACGCGAUCUAUCUCAAUUACUGACUGUCACAGCAGACAAGAUAUGCAACAAACUACAGCUGUGUAUUCAACAACAACUCAUUUUUAAAAGGCCAAUUUCUUCAGCCGAUGUGGCUCAAAUCCAGAGUAUGAUUCAACGAUUGCCAAAUAAAUACGAUAUGCAACAAUACAAUCAGAUUCUAGAGCCAUUGUUGAAGGAAGUAGACCAAACAGAGCCUAUUCGAGAUCCAAACAGCUCAGUAGACAAUCUAUUGACAGACAAAAAAAGCCAAAUCAAAAAAUUAAGCAACAGAAUAAAGCAAUUAGAAUCAGAGACCAGUGCAGCAGAGAUGGAAUUGAUUAAGCGUAUUCGAGAAUUACAACGAGAUCAUACCAUACAAUCCAUGCUUACAAUGAAAGCAGCCAGUAUACAGACAAGAAUAGAAUUGGAAUCCAAUAAAGAACAAAUAGAAGCACUAAAUCAAGAAAUGGACAAAAUGCAACAAGACUUGGAUUUGUCUAGUCUAGAAGAACGUAUUCAGACUAUAGUCGAGAAAAUGGCAAGUGCAGCUGCGAAACACACUCAAGUGCAGUCCCUUUUAAGUGCCAACGACCAAUUCCGUGAGGAACUAAAGAAUCAUUUUACUCAGUCCAAAGAGGAUCAAGAUCAAACCUAUGUUCAAAAGAUGAAGAAAUCUUUACUUGAUCUUCAACUAUUCAAACUAGCUAAAGAUGCUCAUUCACAAACCCGUCCCCCUUCUGCUGAUCAUAAUCCUACACUGCUCGAUAUAAAACUUGCUAUCAAUCCUUAUUGCGUCCUGUCUACUCAACAAGCCAUUGGUGAUAUCAAACAUUUGAUCAAAUCAGUCCAAGACUUGUCUGAAAGAACUAAACUAGAUACUUAUGCAGAUGUAAGAGAGAAACUAGAAGGUUUGAUCAAGAAAUGGUCAGCAUCAUUAGAAGCACAUCAUAUUCCAUUGCCAUAUCAAUUACCGGAGAAUCAUGAUGCCAUUGACAAUAUUAUACAGUCUGUUGAUGCAUUGAGAGAGCAUAUUCAAGGAAAAGAACAAGAUUAUAUUCAACAGCAACAAGAGAAACUUGCUCUUCAGCUAAAGACAGCAGAAUCUAUCGACAAAGACAUACAUCAAGUAGAAGAAGCACUUGUAGAAAGAGAGAAAAUCAAACAAAUUGGCCAUGAUUAUACCAUUCAAGGCAAAUCAUUCAGAGAAUGGCUGGAUAGAUUACAAAUCAGGCAGUAA